AGGGGGAAGCAUACAGGAGGGAAGGUGCAGGGGGUCUGGAUGCCUGCUGGUUGGGGCUGGUACAAAGUGUAAGAUCAACCAGGGUCUUUGCUAUGUGAAAGGUGAGCGCCGCUCCUGAAGCUAUUUGGUCAGGUAUGCAGUCUGGUCUGCACGUGCGCCGUAUUCUGAGCUACAUCCCAAAACAGUAAAGCAAUACCUCUUUGGCUGCACCCACCACUGAGCAUGUGGUCACACACACACACAGAGGUUAUAUGCAAAGAAAUUAUUGUUUUAGUGGGUUAAUAUGGAGGCCACCUACACACCUGCCCAGAGGAAUGUUUUAUCAGUACUGCAUGUGGGGGGUACCACCAAUGGCAUUCACUCACAUACCAUUGAUGCCAGCAGGGGAUGUGGCCAGUGGUGUGGAAACCUCCAGAGGUUUGGAAACAGUCAACACAGACGAAAAACCUUCCCUGGUGCUGCUUAAUUCUCUGAAAUCCAGAGCAUGCAUCUUAUCCGUGACAUCAAAUAAUAUUUAUGUUGCUGAAACUGAGGAGAAAUGUCGUCAACAGUCUGCAGCUACAUCUGCAGAUCGCCUUACUUGCCUGGUCUUGUGACAAAAAUUGGAAUUGAGUUUCCAGAUGGAAACAAACACCCUGGGACAGCGUGAAAGCGCAGCACAUGAAGAGUCCUCAGUAAAUUAUUAUAAGGGAUUAAAAAGAGUUGAAUGUUGGAGCAGCUCUCUCCUCAGACUGGAUGUAGCGGUCCCUCAUAUCGGGGCUCUCCGUUUACAUUACUCAUACGGAGGAGGGUGUGACUUGUUGGCUCUUUUUUCCGCCUGUAUAAAACGAGAAGUUCGCGUAAAAGAAAAUACAGAUGGAGAAGGCUAGCCGGCUCGCUGUGUCACAGAGAGUCCCCUUAAGCCUACGUUACAACUCGCAUACUGUCCCUUUGUGACCAGCUUAAUCGGCAGAAUGCCCGGUCUCUGUGUGCUUUGUCUCGCCGCUGCACUGGCUGCGUUCGUCCGGCUCGCCGGCACCGUGGGGCCGGUGGUGCGAUGCGAGCCGUGCGACGCCGGAGCGCUCCUGCUGUGCAAGCCGCUGCCGAAGGACUGCGCGGAGCGGGUGAAGGAGCCCGGCUGCGGCUGCUGCAUGACGUGCGCCCUCGGUGAGGGACAGGCGUGUGGAGUGUACACGGCGCGCUGUGGCUCCGGCUUGUCCUGCCAGCACCAGCCGGGAGAGAGCCGACCGCUGCAAGCUCUGCUGGAGGGACGAGGAGCGUGCGCCAGCGUCGCGUCCAGAACGACCAACAGAGUCAUCACACCGGCGCAAAAUCAAGAUACAAAUCAGGUAGAAGAAGGCGGCGCCAACGUGACCGCGACGAUGACAGUGCUGCCCGGCGUGGCGACCGUGAAGGGCGGGCACAGCCGCGGGUCGAUGGACACCAGGCCUCCACUGCACAACAAGCUGAUCCAGAAGGAUCAUAACAGGAAGACUCAGAGUUACAAGGUGGAAUCGGUGUCAGGAGGAGCCAAUAUGGACAUUCACAACUUCUCCCUGGAGAACAAGAGGGAGACUGAGUAUGGGCCUUGUCGGCGGGAGAUGGAGAGCAUCCUGAGCAAUCUUAAAAUCAGCAACGUGCUCAACCCGAGAGGCUUCCGCAUACCCAACUGUGACAGAAAGGGCUUCUACAAGAAAAAAACAGUGCCGUCCAUCCAAAGGCCGGAGGCGGGGCUACUGCUGGUGCGUGGACAAAUACGGGCAGCCUCUGCCCGGCUACGACGGCAGGGAGAGGGGCGAGACGCAGUGCUACAACCUGGAGAGCAAAUGAGAGGACGGGAGAGAGGGGGGACGACGAGUGGACGGAGACGAGGAGGACAGAGAAUAAAAUGGGGGGGAGGGGGAGAAAGACAGAGAGAGAGAAAAGAAAGAGAGCCCACUUUGCUCUUGCAUGUAGUUUUAUGUAAACAUUUGAAAGGGGCUCCGGACCUUUUUUUUUUUUUUGAUUUUCAGGUUUCUGUCGGAGAGUUGGGGAGGGGAAAGGGUGGAGCACAGCCUCUGCAACCGGGCCAAGCCUCCUGUCCAUCACAGCUAUCUGUCCUGUGCUUAGGGAACCUCUAUCCUUUCUUUUUUUUUUAAAACAAAACAAAAAAAAAACUAUUAAGCUGAAAGCUGAGAGAGAAGGGGAAGAAAGAGAGACACCUACCAUCUGCACUAUUCUUUUAGAGAGAGAGGAAGGAGGGACUUUUCCACUCACUUUAAAGAGGACUUGUUUGUGACUGUGACCCGAAAAACCGCACCACCACCACCACCACCACCGUUUCUAUUGUGUGUUUGUGUGUCUGUCUGUGAGUGUGUAUCCGUGUGUGUGUGUGUGUGUCUUAAUAUGUGCAAGCACCUGCAUAGCAUACGUGUGCACAGCUGCAUGUCUGUGCAAGAUGGCGUGUGAGCGAGCGCUCUCCCAAAAGUGUUCAUUUGUGUAAAUACUUUUAGUUUUCGAGAUGCCCGCCCGUCCCCGGCCCCCUGCAAUGCAGAAAAAUGAAAAAAAAAAAAAAAAAACGCUCUCUGGCUCAGGGUCGAUUUUAAAGUGAAGGAUUUUUGGAUAGCAGGACUUAUUAUCCAGCACGAUGGCCACCGAGGGCCCUUCUUGCUGCCUCUGGCUUGUGCCUCGUCCUGCUAUUGGGAAGGGAAUGGAGGCAGUCACAGUGCCUUAAAAAACAGACAUUUCCACGCCUCCCCUCCGCUUCUCCCUCUGUAGCAGAGUUUAAAGGAAUACUUCACUAAAAAAAUCUACCUUUUGAGUAUAAAUGCAUGUUCACGCGGCUCUGGCAGCAGCUGUAGGUGGCUUGAAUUCACAACAGCUAGAUCAGAUUUGAAGGGUGACGCUGAAAACACUCCUCCAGUGCCAUCCACUUGUUCACUGCUGAUCCAUGUGCUGAUAACUUCACAAAGCACAUGACAGCGUGAGGUGGAAGUGUUUGGAACAUCCUGAAGGAGAAGAUGCAAAAUGUGCCAAAAUCAUCCUGCUUCCAAACCUCUGGAUUGCCGCCAAUCGUCUCUGAAAAACGGCCACUAAAAUAGCGAAAAAGCGUGGACGACAUGGACGCAGCUAUACAGCCUACACCUCCACGAUUGACAGAAAUGACAACUCGUCAAUCGAUCUGAAAAACGUUGCGUUACUGUUCAUAGCAUCUACGACCAAAGCGUCCAUGUCAACAGAAUGAAAGACGAUGAACGAAGCGGACGGUCACGUUCUCGCUUUGAAUCGGUGCAAAAUCAAAAAAAUUCAGAGAUGGCAAUCCGGUCUGGCUGUCAGGCUACCGCUGUGAAUCCAAGCUGCCACUUUUCAAGUCGACCAAGUGUUUGAUACUCAAAAGACAGAGUCUGUCUUCUGUCUCUUUCCCAUCAUCUUCUAUUCCUGUCCACAUCCAUGUCCCUCGCUCUAUCCGUGUCCUUAUCCCAGUCCUUGUUUCAACCCCUCAUGCAGCUCCGGCGCUGAGCUCCUCCAGUCCUACACGUCUUUACCUCCCGUCUCAAACUUUGUCCAUGUCUGCGUGCCUGAUCCCGUGUCCAACCCACUAACCUUGAGUGUUAUUCCCUACUCCAGCACCCUGCCCACCUCCGGUCCUCUUCCUGUCAGUGGUGCAACCUGGUGUAGGCUUGUUUGAACGUGGCGAACCCGGUGUGACCGGCUGCCCCUAUGCUUCAAGCCCAAGCACAAGCACUUAAAGCACUUUAGCUGCGCUGCUACUCCUCAAUGCAUGCAGUUAAAGACAAUUGGACCUUUCUGCAUCUGCAUACCUUUCCUUCAAGGUAAUGUCAGAUGAAACAGUGUGAUACUGUAAGAAAACAAUAAUAACCCAGGGAAGAAAAGAAAGAGAGAGA